GAGCAGGUAUGCUUGAAAGCUUUUUUGCAAUCUGAGUAAGUCAAUCAUUUGGAUUUCAGCUUAUAGUGUCUUGCAAGUGUUAAUUAUUUAAACUCAACUAUUUUCCUUGUAACUCACAACACAACUCUCAUUGAAGGCUCUGAUCGAAAGUCCUCGAGUUUUCUCUUGUUCACAGCAAUCCUGCAUAUUAUCAUCUGCGAAUGUCUUAUACCUACUACAUACCAACACAAUCCUUCGUUUAUCUGGAGUCAAUGUUUUUACCUUCACACAAACAGACAUUCUGCUUCAAUUGCUUCCGGUAUUUGUUAGUAUCUUAGACACCUGAUUGCUUGCCGAAAAUAGAGAAGUUACUUUAAAAAAUAUGAAUAUUUUUUUUAUCAGCAUUUCAUUUUUGGAAGCCACUGAAAUUACUAAUGCAGUGCAAAAAUAUCUUUAAACUGUCUCUGAACAUUUUCGGUUGGAUGUACUCUCUUACUUGCAAACAUAUGGUUUAUUAAUAUAAACUCACCUACGUGCAUAUAGUUAUCGUUUCAUUAAUUAUAAUUGUAAUAACACUGAAGAGUUAGCAGCCGAGGGAGAUUAUUACGACUGCAAAUCAAGGACCUGCAAAGUAUGAUUAAAAGCUGCAUUUAGACAGAAACAGUUCAUUGACACGUUACCUAUGUAGGGAAUGUUUUCUUGUUUUACAAGUGAGAAACGACACAUCUAUGGAUCGUUAUUAUAGGAGGACAAUAUUAUAAAGACAAUCGAUGGAAGAUAAUCAAACACCUGUGAUCGAUCAUAAAUUGUAUCAUUAGUGUGUUAUCUGUAUUGAACUGAGAAGCGUUUUAAUAUUGAGAUAUGGUUAUUGAACAACAACAGCAGAGUUUUCAAAGUCGUAUUUGAAAAAGCUCCAGUGACAUGUAAUAAUUUUGUAAAGCAAUAUAUCAGUAUUUACAUUUGGCCAGUUAUAAACCGGAAGUGAGAGAGAAACAGUGGGAGAGUAGAGGAGGAUAAGAUAAGAAAAAUAAAAAAGAAAGCCAAGGAAGAUAAACCACGUGAGCGACCGAGAGAGAGAGAGAGGGAGUGAGAGAGAGUGAAAGAGAGAAAGAGUGGGGAGAGGAAUUACCAUGGAGAUAAAUGACAGUUUGAGCAACGGGAGUCUUGUGAUAAACAACGGACCUUACUAUGACGAACCUUACCGAACAUUUUCCAUCAUUGUUGAUUCCCUGCUUAUUUUACCUGCCAUUGCCGGAAAUCUUAUAAUCGUUUAUUUCGUCUCAAAGUCGAAGGAGUUACGAAACGUGGGCAACUACUUGGUGAUAAGCCUGGCUUUUGAUGACGUAUUCAUGGGAGCAUGUAUUCUACCUUAUGACAUUUACGUUCUCUACAACACUUCGCUGGGACAAAACAAGGUACUUUGUUUGUUGCGUUUCGUUUUACACAAUAUGACCGGUUCAAACUCGAUAUUCAAUUUGUUUUUCAUUUCGUUGGAGCGUUACAUUGCUAUUAUACAUCCGUUCAACUACAAUAAAUUCGUCACUUACCCAAGACUCAUUGCCGGGAUUAUUGCCGCCAGAGUCUACAGCUUGGUUAUGGCCAGCAUCCCAUUGAUGGGUGACCACAAAUGGACGCCUGGCGUACAGUGCGACCCUUCACGCAUAUGGGUAACAUGGUAUUCGUAUUUCUGCUCCUUAUGGGUUGUGUGUCUUAUUUCGCUUACGAUCUUCUGUUACAGCAGAGUGAUCAAAGUGGCUUUCAGACAUAUAGACGCCGUCAUUAAACAGAGGGAGAGCGUAGACACAGAAGGAGAGUCAGAUCAUAAAGCAGAUAUACGCAAAACGAAAAUGAUGGCGUUAAUUUUCGGUUUAUUCCUUCUAUACUGGUCGCCAUUUUCUUUAGUUCUCUUUUUCCAGAGAUUGUACAAAGACAGUGUUGUAUUGGCCCAAGCUAAAUGCUAUUCGUUGACAUUUAUCAAGAGUAACUGUUGCAUCAAUUUUAUUGUAUACAUGAGUAGGAGUAAAGCAUUUCGGAAGAACCUGAGGUGUUUCUGCCUGACUAAAGUUAGUCCGGACUCGGAUGACGGGACUGCUCUAAGCUGAGAUCUGCACCAAAUGGAUUACUGUUCGUAGAGAGGAUAACGUUCUCACGAAGACUAUGUACACGUAUGUAAAUAACGCACACACACACACACACACACACACCUACGUACUCACAUAUGCACAGCGAUAUAUAAUGUG